UUUUUAGUCAGGCAGAUGUUGAGACAGCCUCGUGCAGGGGUCCACCAAUCUCCCGGAAGACGCUGCAGUGUUUACAAACGCGCGAAGCACGUGUGAUUCUCUCAGAAGUGUUCAUCUGUACUGACUGGUCAACAUGAGGGUUGUGGCGUUGAUCAGUGGCGGGAAAGACAGCUGUUAUAACAUGAUGCAGUGUGUGUCUGCUGGACAUUCGAUCGUAGCCCUCGCCAACCUCAUGCCUGAAAAACACGCUGUUUCAGAUGAAUUGGACAGUUAUAUGUAUCAGACUGUUGGAUAUCAAGCCAUUGAUCUGUAUGCUGAGGCGAUGGAUCUUCCCCUGUACAGGCGCACUAUUGAGGGAUCAAGUCUGGACACAGGAAGAGAAUACAGCCCGACAGAUGGAGAUGAAGUGGAGGAUCUUUACCAUCUCUUAAACCUUGUCAAGGAGAAGGAGAAGAUUGAAGGCGUGUCUGUGGGAGCCAUUCUGUCAGAUUAUCAGCGAGUUCGUGUGGAGGAUGUUUGUGCACGUCUUCAUCUUCAGUCGCUGGCGUAUCUGUGGCACAGAGAUCAGUCUGAACUGCUCAGUGAGAUGAUAUCCAGUGGUAUUAAUGCUCUCCUCAUCAAAGUGGCUGCAUUCGGACUGGAUCCAGAGAAACAUUUAGGAAAGUCCCUGGCACAGAUGGAGUCCUAUCUGCAAGAGCUUUCACAGAAGUAUGGAGUUCAUAUCUGCGGUGAAGGGGGUGAAUAUGAGACCUUUACCACUGACUGUCCACUGUUUAAAAAGAAGAUUGUCAUUGACUCUAUGGAAACUAUCAUUCACUCGGCCGAUGCCUUUGCUCCUGUGGGUUACCUGCGCUUUACACACAUGCACACGGAAGUCAAACAUGAGGACCCUGACAGUCGGCCGAUGGCUCUCAGUAGAUGUUCUUGCCUAAACACCAUAGAUGGGAUAAAGGAAGAGCUGGAAUAUUCUGGUGGAUGUUUAGAUGAUCUGGAAGAGUUUUCAUCAAACACUGUGAGCUGCUGUCAUGAUGAGCUGGAGCGUCAGGCUUCAAUCUCAUCCAGGAGCUCAAUGGGUUACCAGUGGAUAACUGGACUGACGGGGCGGCACGCAGACGUCCACAGUCAAACCCGGCACGUUUUCACACUUCUGGAAAGUGAACUAGAGGAGAGAGGUUUGCUGUUGAAUCAUGUUGUUCUGGUUCAUCUGUAUGUGAGCGAUAUGAAGAACUUCAGUCAGAUCAACUCUGUGUACUGCAGCUUCUUCAAACACAAACCACCAGCGAGGGUCUGCGUUCAGGUCCCGCUGCCUCUCCACCAGCUUCUGAGAGUGGACGUUCUUCUUCAUCACUGUGAGGAUGAUGAGAGAUUACUUCAGAGAGAAAGACUUCAUGUCCAGAGUUUGUCUCAUUGGGCCCCGGCCAACAUCGGCCCCUACAGUCAGGCUGUGCAGCUGGACGAGGUCGUGUUUUGUGCGGGUCAGAUCGCUCUGGUACCCUGCACCAUGCAGCUGGUGAGCGGGUCGGUGGAUCUUCAGGCUUUGCUUUGCUUCAGUCAUAUGGAGAAAGUCUUGGGCGCUGUGAAGUCCACCCUGACAUUAAAUCACGUGAUGCAGGCUCACGUAUACGUCACACACCGUAAAUAUAUCCCCACCGUCACGGCUGCCUGGAGCAGGAAACUACACGACGUCCAGUCGGACCGUGAGGAGAUUACAGCUCCGAUUCAAAGCAGCAUUGCAGUCGUGUCAUCUUUACCUCGAGGAGCAAAAGUUGAGCUGCAUGUCAUCGCUGUCCAUGAUGAACCCAGACACAGAACUUCCUGUCACAUGACAUCACAGAUACCGGGCGGCACAAUCGAAUGCCAGUUACUGCGGUCCGGUUGCGGCCGAUACGCCACCGCUUCUUUGUCUUUGUGUAUUAAAGCAGUAAAGCCGACGGGAGCUGAAGGAAUCGUUGAUGCUCUGCUGUCUUCAGUUCAGGACGCUCUUGAGAAAACUGAGAAGAAUCUCACAGCGCUGUGUGCAAGAGUCUUUUAUCAUCCAUCCAUCACAGAGAUCGCCACAGGAUUGGAAAGACGUUUGAGGAACGAUUUGGACCGAUGUGCUCCCGCUGUGGCUCUUGUUCCUGUUGAUGCGCUGCCUGACCGUCAUCUUCUUCAGGUCUCCUGUUGGCUCAGUGUUUAAUAAAUCAUCUCACAGAGAAACUCAAACCAACAACUGACCAUCAAUAUACUCAUGUUGAGAGAUUAUCUGUACGUCUUUAUUAUACAGAAUGAACUUUUCAAGAAAUACAACAUUUUUAAAUCAA